CAAAAAUUUCCUAUCUCUCACAGACACCUUGAAUCACAAUCCGGGCAACACCCGACAAAACUUUCCACGAUGCCUCACAAGCACAAGCGCAAAGCUGAAGAUCAUGAUGAGAAAAACUUCAACCUUCCCCCCACCGAGUAUGCCGCACCCCUCGCAGUCCGUAAAUCAGGUGGCGGCCCGAACGCCAAACCCGCCGCAAAGAAGCGCAAAGUAGCUACCAUCGAAGGAUACGGCGCAGACGACACCCCGAAAGCGUUCGCGCGUCUCAUGGCAUUCAGCAAAACCGGCAAACGGCGCUCAGGACUCGACGAUGGGAAAGUGAAGAAGGGCAAGAAGAACAACGGCAACGAUAAGAGCAAGGCUCAUGCGGGAUCUACGUCGCAAAAAAAUGCUGCAGCGGCAUCGGCAGAAGCUGUGGAAGUGGAGAAGGAGACAACGGUAGAUAGCGAAGCGCAACCCGCGCAACCGAAGCUGAAGAUUAUGCCGGGGGAGUCUCUUGCGGAUUUUAGGCAGCGUGUAAAUCAAGCGCUGCCUCUGGGCUCUAUCAACCGCAACGGGAAGAAGAUCAUGGGGUUGAAUGAUCACCGUGUGACGAAGCAUGAGCGCAAGUUGAAGAGGUUACAGGAAGGAUGGCGCAAGGAAGAGGCGCGCAUCCGUGAUAAAGAGCAGGAAGCGCGCGAGUUGGCUGAGGAGGAAGAAGAUGAGGCUGAGGAUCUUUGGGAGGACAAGACUGCCGAUCUUCCAUCUGAUUCUGGGACUGGGAAGAAGGGCAAGAAAAAGAAGGGAAAGAGAAAGAUGGUCGUUGGAGAAGUGGAUGAUGGGGAUGUUGAUGAGUGGGAAGCAUUGAGGAAGAAGAGAGAACAGAGGAAAGGAUUGCACGAUGUUGUGCAAGAACCGCCGACCUUCAAUCGUGUGCCCAGGGAGAUUUUCAAAGUCAAGGAUGGUGCGAAGGUUAACGUAGGGAAUAUACCCAAUAGUGUUGGUAGUUUGAGGAAAAGGGAGGAGUUGGUUGGAGAGAGGCAGGGCAUCAUUGAGACGUACAGAAAGCUGAUCGCAGCGAAAAGGGAAGGUUAG